AUUACUUUCCAUACCUUAACAUUGUAUCAAGAUAAUGCAACCGUCACCUGCAUGCAAGGUUACCGUUUGAAGGGUAAAAACCAUAACAAUUUAACGUCGGAAGUUAUUCGAUGUGUGGACUCUGGCUUAUGGACGUCGCCAAGCGGUUGUGAAAAGAAAGACUGUCGGGACCCACCUAUUUCCGGUCACAGUUCGAGGAAAUAUAAUUCUACAGCGUACGAGAGUGAGGCAAUUUUUCAGUGUGAAAGCGGAUAUCACACUGAGCACAACACAACUAUAACUUGUACCAGUUCCGGACAUUGGGACAUGCACGCUCCAAACUGUACAGAUAUUGACGAAUGUACUACUGGUCAGCACAAUUGCCACCGUAACGCCAAUUGCACAAACAUCAUCGGAGGCUUCAAGUGUAUUUGCAAGAACGGAUAUGACGACAUGGCCACUUCGAACACGUACGAAUCUGCUGGCCGGGACUGCCAAGACCACAACGAGUGUAACGACCCUAAAGGCACGCACUGCAAGUACAGCCGAAACCAGACUCAAUGGUGCACGAACCUGGAUCCCGGCUAUUACUGCAGGUGUAAUCCGGGAUGGAAGGGAACCAACUGUGACACAAAACCUGUCAUGUUGGACUUCGAAAAGGCGCCAGAAGUAUGUGCCCAUGGUGAUAACGAAAUUUUGGACCCCAUAAAUAUUCCAAAUGGGCGUUUUCCAUAUCUCGGAAAAUACUUUGACGUAUUCCGGCCGAAUUUGAAUGGAUUCCUUGCCCUGAACUAUCCGCCAUUGUAUGAGCGAUACGGUGCCGAGAAUUCCACAUUGUGGGAGAAAUACGUGGACAACCACAUUGUAAUUGCUCCUCUGUGGACAAACAUUGACACGCGCAACAUAACGGGCGCCGGACUGUGCGUUCAUGUUCUGUCAAACAAGACUUCAGACGCAAAGGACAUGAAGCAAAUUGAGGAUUUAGUACAGCAAUACACUAACCGGUCAGACUUCAGCGUAGAUGUUGCCAUAGCAUUGACCUGGAGAAAUGCCACCAUACACUCACCCUACAUGCCGGGAUAUGAGCUAAUUAAACAGCAGAACCUGUCGAUGCAGGCGAUUGUGGUAACGGACGGUCUGUACACGUACUUGCUGUUUAACUACAAUCAAGAGCAGUUCAGUAUCAAACCCGACAACUAUACGCCAGUUGCCGCUGGAUAUACCUAUCCCGGGAACUUUUCCGGCAAAAUUCUAGCCGAUCGGAGCAACUUCACGAACCUUAAGAACGGCUCGAAUGUCUCCCCAGCGGUCAAAGGCCGUUGGCUGCACAACGUGACGUACAUCACUGACGACAUGUGGGACGAGGUGAGAUGCCGGAAGUUCCACGAGAACCAAACAUUGAAAGAAUGGACGCGACAACAGCUUAAAAACUCAUAUCCUUGUCCUUGUUACGAACAAGAUAUGAAAGAGGACUACGCCUUUAAACAAAAUGACAGCCUUUGGUCGAACAGGGACCAGUAUACCCACUGUUACGAGUCGUGGUUCUUCAAUUCACACGACAUCAAACAGCGCUGCUGCUUUAGAUUCGGCGAAUUGCGUAAGGAAUAUCCCUUCGCAAUAGGAGCCGAAUUCAAUAACCCUAAUAAUUCGAUUCUGGAAGCCGGUUUUCGACAGUGCUGCUCAGCGGUAAACAGCCAGCGGUACUGUCACCUUUACUAUGACGUCAAUCCGCCCGACGACUGUUCAAGUUGGUCCCCCGACGACGAGGGCGUGGUAUAACGCGCUGUUCGCAAAGUCAUGAAAUUUGUUGGACUGUCUAAAGCAUAGUCAUUCUGAGUACAGACUAUAUAGUUUGUAUGUGUGGACAUUUACUUAUAUGACAAAAGUCAUAAAUGUUUAUAAAUAUAUGUUUAAUUUAAUCUGAUUUGUGUUGUAAAUAUGUUAUAAGAUGUUAAAAAUAUAGUUAUUUGUUUUUUUGUUGACAAUUACAGCGAUUCCAAAAGCCCAUUAUGUUUGGCAAAUGCUGAAAACAAAUAACUUUUAUCUCUCUUUAAAAUAUAAAGCUUGUGGUACUUGCAAAUUCGACUAUGUUUGUAUAUUGCUGUUGGAAAAAUACGUAUGCUUUU